GAACCAUCUAACCCUGACAUGUCUAUAAACUCACGGGCAGGCACACACUGUGCUCUCACAGGGUAAGCUUCAUUUGAAACUGCGAGCGGCAUGUAGUAGUGCUACACACAUCGUCUUGUGUGUAUUGCAGCACAUUAGCGAAGGCCACUUCACUUUCGGACAAUGUGAAAUCCAGCCAUUGUAGCAUGUAUUGAAUUAUAGUCAAUUGUUUGCCACCUAUUCAUGAUGACAAUUUGUUAAAUAAACACAUUGAGCGCAGCUGUUGAAAUUCACUGGUAUUUAAUAUACAUGUAUGUGCAACUCCUACCUUCUAAUACAAACAAAAUACACAUGCUUCGGUUAUCAGCAGUGGGGCUAGAUUUUGCUGGUAGAUGUAAGCUGGCUGGGGUCAAAGGUUCUUUGAAAGAAAGAAUACUGAGUAGACUACAGUCGGUGUCCUGUAGAAUCCUCAGUCAUUGUGAAUGGUGGUAGUCUCCAAUGCACUGCACCUGGUGAGACCACACUAAUACCGGACGUCUGAGCUCUCUUAAAAAAGCUGUCGAUCAAAACGUGUGUGCGAUCUGUUUUGGUUUGGAAAGAUAGUCUUCAACAACAACAACGACAAUGGGAUGGAAAUUAGCAGUCAGUGUUCUACUGAUUGGUGUAUUAGCUGCCUACAUGAGUGGCAUCUUCAGCUCACCACCAAGUCCCCCUGAGAUAGGGGAUGGGUGGUGGGGACGAGGUGAAAGACCAACAACCAAAGAGGAUACAUCCAUCAGAAAGUUCAAGAUCAAUGUUACUGACGAAGACAUGGACGAUUUGAAAGAUCGUUUGAGAAAGACCCGAUGGUUUGAGAGUGUUGAAGAAACCAAGUUUCAUUUUGGUAUCAAACCAGAAUACAUGAAGUCAAUACAGGAAUACUGGCUCAACGAAUACGAUUGGCGUAAACAAGAGAAGGUUCUGAACAAGUAUCCACAGUUUAAGACAAAUAUUGAAGGAAUUGAUAUCCACUUUGUACGAGCCACACCCAGUAAGCUGAAACCUGGACAGAAAGCAAAACCAAUACUGAUGGUGCAUGGAUGGCCAGGAUCGUUCUACGAGUUCAGUAAAAUCAUUCCAAUGUUAAUCGACCCGACUAAUCAUGGUGGGACGGAUGCGGACGUCUUUGAAGUCAUCUGCCCGUCUCUUCCCGGUUAUGGCUUCUCUGAGGCUGCGCAUAAGAAAGGUCUGAACGCGAAGGAAAUUGGACGUAUAUUCCACAAGUUGAUGACUCGAUUGGAGUUUGACAAUUACUACAUUCAAGGAGGUGACUGGGGCGGUCUAAUUGUUGACCUUAUGGCUGGUAUGUUUCCAAGUCAUAUCAGAGGAAUGCAUAGUAACUUCAUCACAGUGCAGCCGAGUUUAAGUCAGAUGAUCCUAGUCAAGAUAUUUCCCUCUAUCGUGCUAGAUGAUGAAGCAUACGCAAGGGCUUUGCCAAGUUUUGAAAAUCUUGGUUUUUGGUUGCAGGAGACGGGAUACCUGCAUAUCCAGGCCACCAAACCUGAUACUGUUGGACACGCCCUCACCGACUCCCCAGUUGGGCUCGCUGCUUACAUCAUUGAGAAGUUUUCUGUUUGGACCAAUUACGAUUGGAUUGACUUAGACGACGGUGGACUGGAUGGCUAUUGGUCCAAAGAUGAUCUGCUAAACAACGUCAUGAUCUAUUGGGUGUCGGGAUGCAUUACGUCAUCAUUGCGCCUGUACAAAGAGACCAUUUCCAAGUCUUUUGAAUUGGCCAAUUUCAUAAACACAGUUCCCGUUGGUUUAACAUCGUUUCCAACGGUAGUCAGAAUUUCCGCUAGUCUUUGGGGCACAGGAGACGGAUGCAUUUCUUUAUGUUGAACUAGUGGUAGCAAUGGUGGUGGUGGUGGCGGUAUGAGGGACGGCGGAAGAGCGAGUACACACAACCUAUCCAUUGCCAAGUCAUCUAUGAUCAAUCUAUUGAUUGCUAACAUACACCAAGGCGUACACCAUUUCAAUUACAUCAUCAAUUCAGUUCAGGAGAUCUUCCUUCCAUUCUUAAACGUUUCUAUCUUAACAUGUUUAACCACGGGGUUAGGCUAAAGUUAUCAAUAAAUAAAUCCACUUAGCCCCCCCCCCCCACAUUUACCAAUAACUGGGCGGUAUGUAACUCAGUGAGAAACAUCAUUGCUGCUUCCCCCUCUUCUACAUCCAGGCUUGAUCCGAUUCCCACAUGGUUUUUGAAGAUGUGUUUAGGCGAGCUCGUUCCUAUCAUCACGAAUAUCGUCAAUCAUUAUCUGCUGCAUGGUCAUUUCCAAGAAGCAAUGAAACAUGCCCACAUCACUCCCUUGCUUAAGAAACCUAACCUGGACACAGAACAACUCAAGAACUACAGGCCCAUUGCAAACCUGCCGUUUCUUUCAAAGACAAUAGAACGUGCAGCCGCUGCCCAACUUCAAAAUUACCUCACCGACAACAAUCUUCAUGGACACUUCCAGUCCGCUUACAGAAAACAUCAUAGUGUUGAGACUGCCCUUCUACGUGUUCAAAACGACCUACUCCUGGAUGCCGAUAAGGGGCAAGAAGCUAUUCUUGUCCUCCUUGAGUAUUCAUCUGCCUUCGACACGAUCGACCAUAACAGCAUGCUUCAGCGUCUUACGAACAGAUACAGCGUGUCCGGUCACGCUAUCGGUUGGUUUGAAUCCUAUCUAGAAAAUCGCACCCAGAGUGUCGUCAUCAAUGGUGCUCUUUCGAACCCUCAAGUGCCAUUCUGCGGUGUUCCUCAAGGAUCUGUUUCUGGACCGUUAUGUUUCACUCUCUACACAUCCCCCUCGAAGACAUCAUCGAGGGCCAUGAUAUCAAUAGAAUGUUGUACGCCGACGACACCCAGGUAUACGUCAUCACUAACGUCAUCAACAAACUAAAAUUGAAUGAAGAGAAGACCGAGGUCAUUCACAUUACAUCUCGCUUCAGAAGCUAUAGCACACUUUCACCUAUCUUAAUUGGCAGUUUUCCAAUAGAACCGGUUCAGAGAGUACGAGAUCUCGGUGUCACUUUUCAGAACGAUCUUCGAACGGACAUCCAUGUGAAAAAUAUCUGCAAAACUUCGUACCUCGCAUUACACAAAAUUGGACAAAUUCGCAAUCUUCUUGACAAAUCCACCACGGAAAAACUGGUUCACGCCUUCAUUACAUCCCGCCUUGAUUUUUGUAAUAGUCUUCUUCUCGGUCUACCUGACUCCGGUAUCUCCAAACUUCAGCGAGUUCAGAACUCAGCAGCCAGAUUGGUCACACGAUCCAAAACCUGUGACCACAUUUCAUCUAUUUUCUCGGACUUGCACUGGCUUCCGGUUAGACAACGGAUUGCUUACAAAACCCUUAUUCUGACAUACAGCUGUAUCCAUGUCCACGCACCUACAUACUUGCAAAAACUUGUUCACAAAUACCAGCCUUCUCGAAAUCUCCGCUCUCAAUCACAAUCUCUACUUGCCUGUUCAUCCGCUUCUACUAAGUCUUACGGCCAGCGUGCAUUUUCUACGUCUUCUACUCUUUGGAACAAACUCCCCCGCAAUAUCAAAGACGCUAAAACUCUGGAUAAAUUCAAACGCCUUCUCAAAACUCUCUUGUUAAACUCCAACUAGUUUUGUCUGUUUUUUCUUUCUGACUUUGUACAGCGCAUUGGGACUCCGUGUGUAAUGCGCUUUAAAAAAAAAAACGGUGUAUUAUUAUUCUUAUGUAUAGUUCUGCGAGUGAAUUAUAUAUUACAGUGCAAAGUUCAUUGUUCAUUAUUUAGAACCGGGCGUACGCCAAGUGGAAUAAUUAGUAACCAUGUGACAUUUAUCAGGUGGCGGCCUGCUGCACACUCAUGGACGUUAUUUUUAGGUUUCCGUACGUCCCUUACGUUUACGUUAUGGUAUAUACCGACUGAGACGAAAGCUGUUUUCGUGACAUGUUUCAACUCAUUUUUCAAAAACUGCAGCACUAGUACCUCGGCAAGUAGUAUUUAAAGGGAAACAUUCGACCACCACUAUCUUCAAACCGCGUAAGUUUAAUGUAAAUCUGUGGACAUUGUGUUUUGUGUACCCGCAGUCUUUAAUGGAAAAAAAUGGAAGAUUUGAAAUUUUGUGAAGAUUGCACCUUCAGUUUUAAUCCACUUUUUGUGUGUAUUUUGUUAUGGGAGGGAACACGACGCUUGUUCGUCUGAUACUUUCUUUAUAAAACGGCAAUUAUCAUAGAAAGUCAUGACUGAAGUAAAUUUAAUUUCUUUCUAGAAUUUCCUGCAACAUUGAAGGACAUUCUAUUCUUAGCAUUGUCAAUUUAUUUUGAGACUCAUCUGCACAGUUUCAGGUGGAGAGAAUAUUUCUGUAUAUUAAUGACAGUAAAUUGGAUGUAAAUUAUUUUCUACAUAUUUGGACCAAACAAAACUUUCUGAUUUUUUAAAGAUAAAAAUAAAAGAACAAUACUCUGAA